AUGUCCUUAAAGCUAACCGAUCACUGGGGCAUUGAUGGCACAAUUCUUCGCUUCCCGGACAAAAUGUACUUUGUGUACUCGUGCUUCAGCCCUAGAGGGCUGCAAUCGCUCUGCAUCGCUCCUAUGAACUCCCCUACCUCUAUUGGCGCUUAUAAGAUCCUCUCUGAGCCGACACUUAGUUGGGAAACCGUUGAUACCCCCGUCAACGAGGGCGCUGCGGCCAUGUAUCAUGGUGGCAAAACUUUCUUAGCUUAUAGUGCCAGCUUUUGUUGGACUUCGAGCUACCAACUUGGUCUUUUGACCUAUAAGGGCUCUGGCGACCCUACAGAGGCGAGCAGUUGGACUAAGACCGGCCCGAAUUUUAGCUCUGCAAACGGAAACUAUGGUACAGGCCAUAAUGGUUUCUUCCAGUCUCCUGAUGGCACUGAGAUCUGGAAUGUGUACCACGCCACUCCGAACAGCGCCGGUGCUUGUGACGGCAACCGGUACACAGCAGCUAAAAAGGUUAAUUGGAAUGCGGACGGCUCUCCUAACUUUGGUACGGCUGAGCGCCUUGGUACUAUUAUCGCUGGGCCUUCGGGAGAGUAA